AUGGACUUUGUCCGCACAGGUUCAAAUCCUGUUGCUGUCGAAUUUUUUUUUGCAUCAUAUUUUUUUAUGACGCGUGGGACGUUAAUUGCCAUAGAAGGUCUUGAUCGGACCGGGAAGACCACACAAACGACAAAACUGAUCAACAGACUUGCUCAAGAUGGCAAAGACGUCGAGCUGAUCAAGUUCCCAGAGAGAACAACCGCAAUUGGCAAGAUCAUUAAUACAUAUCUAACAGAUAAGACUUUUCAGCUGAGUGACGAAUCUGCACACCUGCUGUUCAGUGCCAACCGUUGGGAGUUGUCUCAGAAGAUUUAUGAUCUGCUGGAUCAGGGGAAAACGGUUGUUUUGGAUAGAUACGUUUAUUCUGGAGUGGCCUACUCGUCGGCCAAAGGAUUAUUGUUUGAUUGGUGCUACAGUCCCGACAUUGGGCUUCCACGGCCGGACGUGGUGAUUUUUCUCAAGUUCAAGGAAGAGGAGAACUUCGAAAGAGAAGGGUUUGGCGAUGAGCGGUACGAGGUGGCCGAGUUCCAGCAAAAAGUGAAGAUCCAGUUUGAAAAGUUCAGCGGCCAGGAUAAUUGGAAACCUGUGUUUGUGGAUGGCAAGAAUAUUGAGGAAGUUGGGGAACUCGUAUGGAAAUGCUACACGGAUGCCACGAAACAGGCUUUGGGUCCUGUUCAGAAUGGUGAAGAAACCACCAAUCAGAGUCCAGUUUCCGUAGUAGGCUCUAAGCAAAAGAGCACUGGUGACCAAGUAGUGCUCGGCGAUCUUGGAAGCAUAGUCAAAACUCAAGGAUUUGAAAGAAAGCUGGUAAGCAAGCUCGUCCUUGAUGAUGUGGCCGGUAACCUCGGUCUUGAACAGGAUCAGGCCGAACAGCAACUUGGAAAGCGAGAAGAUGAAUGGGUCGUACUCAAAAUUGUAGGUGAAGUUGACGUAGUACGAGGUCAAUUUUGGAGCAACGUACGACACAAACAGCCACAAAGAAACAGUGGACCAGAAAGUUGGGUCCAAAAGGUGGGUCACGUCAGCAAUUGGCGCCUUCAAAAGAGCAGCUGGCAGCUUCUCCUUCAAGACAGUUGGGACAAAAUAGCUGUCUCCAAGAGCAAUGGUCUUGAUGAAGUGUCCGUAAAGGAACAGAAAUUCACCAACAACAGUGAAUUCAUUAAUGGUGAAUGGAUCACUCAGGUAGUCUCUAAGCUCGUAAUUCUUUUCGGCAAUGUAGUCUGCAACUUCGUACAAGGUGUCGUUGUCGAUGUAAUCGAGGACCUUGUCCAAAACAGAAGGUUCAAGGUCAAACUCGUCGUCGGAGUCGGUCUCUAA